AUGGAAUACACCUGGGGCGGCAUACACGAGGCCGUGCACGCGUCCAUCAUGGAGUGCGACCGAGACAUCCGCCAACAGAUGAUGGAGAACAUUGUCCUCGCUGGAGGUACUUCACUGUUCCGGAACUUCCCCGAGCGCUUGCAACUGGAGAUGACACAGCUGCUUCCAGGUAGCAAGGUGAUCGCGCUGGAGAACCGGAAGUACCUGGCCUGGGAGGGGGCCAACCUGGUGGCCACCUAUGCCCCGGAGAAGAUCUCCUGGAUCAGCGAACUGGAAUUCGGGAAUGCCAUCGAUGAAGACGAGCUGGCGAAGCUUAGCUUGCAGCGUUUCAACGUGACGGUGGAGCUGGUGUCGCCGGAGCCGGGCACAGCGCAAGCGCAGGGCAUCAGCCUGCAGGGGGUGGGCACUUUGGACCUGCCACCAGGCUUGGAACGAGAGUACCGCUUCAGCGUCUACGCGUACCACGAGGGCACGGCCUUGGUGCGGGUGAACCUCACCAGCCAGGAGACAGGGGAGUUCAUGAACAUCGAGGUGAAGUUAGAGUUCUACGCCGCCGAGUCCCUGGCCACCAUCAAGCUGGAGGCUGCAUGCCGUCAAGUGGUGCGCCACAAGAUCGCCGUGGCCAACCCCCUGAGAGAGCCCGCCAGGUUCACUGGCACGGCCUCUCUACCCUUCUUCCGCUUUAGCCCAGAGACGUUGGAGGUGCCCCCACGGGGUGAGAAGACAAUGGAGAUCAUCUACAGGCCGCUGGAGGAAGGAGAAGGAGAGGCCGAGGUGAUGCUCAAGAGCCAAGAGCUGGGGACCUAUCCCUACACCGUGAGCUGGCGAGCAACCCCGGCGGGCUUGGAGCGGGCGCUGGUGCUCAAAGCACCGCCCGGGACGCCUAGCCUCCGGGACGCCUAG